GUUUAGGGCUAUGAAAACUAAAAAAAUUCCUUCAUUUUCUUCUAUUUCUUUCGCUCUUCUACACUUCUCGCUCUCUCUCCCAAAUUCGCCGGCCACUGUGCUUCGCCGUCGGCUGUCACUCGCCGGUGUAAGUUUCACCGAAAAAUCAAUUCGUUUUUCUCUUCCCGAUCUCUUAAGUUAAUUUUGUUCUUCAUUUCUCAGAUGACAAGCCAAUAGAAAAACAAUGUCAACUAAAUCACAAGCAUCUUCAUGGUCUAGGCUCCUAAGCCAAAGACUGCCUUUAUUGUCCCCGAAAAUCUCAACUUUCCCACGUGUUCUCACCACCCAAACACCCGGCUUUCACAUUUUGCCUAAUACCCAUUUCUCAGAUACUUCCAUCCCCAAUGAUACCCCUAAAACCCCCACUAAAUCUCACUUCUCAUUUUCUCGGAAAAUCUCAACUUUUUCUCAUUUUACCACCUACCAAACACCAAAAUCCUCACUUUCUUCACAAAAAUGCCGUUUCUCCACAGCCUUCUCAUCGAGAGCUGUUGAGGAUCUUCUUGCUGAAGUAGAGCGUGAGAAGCAGAGAGAAAGAGACGAUAGGAAGACAAAAGGUUUGGAUGCAAAGGAUAUUGAUGAAGAGGAUCAAGAAGAUUACAUGGGUGUAAUGCCAUUGAUAGAGAAGCUUGAGAAGGAGAAAUUGAAGGAUACUCCUGAUUUAGACCUUUAUGAGGAGCCAACGGAUUCAGAUAGUGAAGAAGAUGAUGAGUGGUUUGCUGCAGAGGCAAAGGAGAAGAGAGUAGAGGAACUUCAGAAGAAGCUUAAGAGGCAUGAGGAGUUGCUAAAGAACUUCGCCGAGGCUGUUACAUUUUCACACUUGACAGAGACACUCGAUGAUUGUUUUAAAUGGAUGAAUAAAAUUGACAAAUUCGAGGACAAGCAUUUUAAACUUCGUGCUGAAUAUAGGGUCAUUGGUGACUUGAUGAAUCGACUUAAGGUUGCAGAAGAUGAGGAGAAAUUUAUUCUUCAACAAAAAUUGAAUAGGGCAAUGAGGCUGGUUGAGUGGAAGGAGGCCUAUGAUCCCAACAAUCCUGCUAAUUAUGGAGUUAUUCAGCAUGAACAAAUCAAUUCUUCUGUUGAUCUUGUGGAGAAUGCUGGAUUUGAGAAGGAGAAGCAAAUGAUACAUGGAGAUGAUGAUGAUGAAGUAUUUGAUGACAUGAAAGAGAAGGAUGAUAUACUAUUGGAGAAGCUCAAUGUCAUUGACAAGAAACUCGAAGAGAGGCUGGCAGAGUUGGAUCAUACAUUCGGGAAGAAGGGAAAGCUGCUAGAGGAGGAGAUCAGAGAUCUUGCAGAGGAAAGAAAUGCUUUGACAGAGAAGAAAAGAAGACCGCUUUACAGAAAGGGCUUUGAUGUAAAGUUGAUAGAUGUAAAUCGAACUUGUAAAGUAACAAAGGGAGGGCAAGUGGUCAAGUACACUGCUCUGUUAGCUUGUGGAAACUAUCAUGGUGUUGUUGGCUAUGCAAAAGCCAAAGGCCCAGCAGUCCCUAUUGCACUUCAGAAGGCAUAUGAGAAAUGCUUUCAGAAUCUCCACUAUAUCGAACGACAUGAGGAGCAUACAAUUGCCCAUGCAAUUCAAACAGCAUAUAAGAAGACUAAGGUGUAUCUCUGGCCUGCACCAACUACAACAGGUAUGAAAGCUGGAAGAACUGUCCAAACCAUUUUGAAUUUAGCCGGCUUCAAGAAUAUCAAAUCAAAGGUUGUUGGCUCAAGGAAUCCUCACAACACCGUCAAGGCUCUUUUCAAAGCCCUCAAUGCUGUUGAAACUCCACAAGACAUUCAGGAGAAGUUUGGUAGGACAGUUGUUGAGAAAUACUUGCUACAGUAAGAUGUUUUACAGCCGAAACAACAUACCUUGUAUUUUCUCAAUUUCGAUUUUUGAAUGGUUUGAAUUAUAUAAAUUAGAUGACAGAAAAAAAAAUGAAAAUUUUGCCAUUGCUUGUAGCUUUCCCAUGUAUUUGGUAGACAUAUAGAAACUUCAGUCGGGCCAAACAAGCUCGGAGUUGGCGACAUUUUCCUCUAGGUCCACCAUUAGCAGCAGAUAAAGGGAAUUGAACAAGUCUUUUUUUUUCUUCAAAAUUCUGCCAUUUAAUAUUCUGGUAGCACAACUCUGUCUCUAAUGGCAUUCAUCUUGUCCGCCGUAGCCCUUGCCCCUUGCAUUCAUAGUGAGUCGUUACCUUGGUGUGUUUCAUUAGCAUCCUGUGUGAUCAAGUUCACUUCAGGCAGUUUGUACCCUUCUCUUUUACCGAAACUUUGGUCAUCAUGGAUACUCUUUGAACAGUGGUGACUGUUUACUUUUAAAAUAAUUUUAUGAAUAGAAUCAAAAUCUCUUUCAUAAAGGAAUA